AUGGCUGCAAUGAAGAACCUGUCCCAACUUGGAAUCAAGACGCUGCUGAUGUGUUUCUACCAUUGUGUGGCUUGCGUCAACAACCGUUUGGGCGGGGCUCUAAAGCAAGUCAAGGCUUUGGUUUCCAAGCACAUGUUUAAGAUGUACUUCAGCCGGUGUGAACUUGAAUGCCAGCAGUACUGGGAAGCAGCGAAAGUCGCAUGGUCGGCAUGCAAAGUUCUCGUUGCCAGGGACUUUGCACGGUACUUCGAAGAGCAAUGGUUCUCGGGGGACACUGCGAAUUGGCAGGCGGAUAUUCACCCAGCGCACGGUUCAUGGUUUAUGCGCAACGUUCCUUCAGUUGGGCACAAUAGCCGAAGAGAUAUCGACGUACAGAGCCCAACCCCCCCAACCCCACCAUUGCAAACGAGCCCAUCGCCUAGCAAGAAGCUACUUCGGCGCUUUCGACGUUUGAUGCAGUUUGCGCUGUUAGAAGGCAACUACUUCUUCAAGGUUAAGUACUGUUACCACUUGCUAUUUGCUCUGCAGCAACAAAUCAACGACGUGCGGGGCAUGCCUUUGCCCCCUCACCCCGACGAAGCGAGCCAGCCCCGCGAUUCUCUGGCCGUCGCCGAAGCUCUGGGGUAG